GGUUGUUUGAGCUCGCAAAGGACUACAUGAACGGGACAGUUUAAUUUCAGAUCCAGCCAGGGACCCUAAGAGGGUCAGUGAACACCUUUCCUCUCCUACAUGCAGUUUUAUUGUGUUUGCUUACACAAAUGACCGAUCUGUAACUGAAAGGCCCAUGGGUGCUCACGCACAGAUAAUCCUCAUCACCAGGAGCGGAUGUCAGCAUCAAGAUGUGUUUGGCCCAUCACACUGACAAAAAGCUUAAAGCCUGAUGGUGUCAAAUAUCAGAGGAAUAUACAGAGUCAUCAAAGGCAUCAUUUCUCCUGUCAGUGACGCCUACAAGAAGAAGGGACUCAUCUCUGCCUAUCACCGGGUUAUCAUGGCAGAACUUGCCACCAAGAGCUCGACCUGGGUGGAAGUGGACACGUGGGAGAGUCUUCAGAAGGAGUGGACAGAGACGGCAAAAGUGCUAAGACACCAUCAAGAGAAACUGGAGGCCAGUAACGGUGGUCACCAGCAGGACUCACCUGUGCUGGAGAGGCCUGGGCGGAAGAGGAAGUGGGCUGAACAAAGACAAGAUUUUAGCCAGAAGAAACCCCUUGAGCCCAAAACAAAAGGUGGGCCGAGAGUGAAGCUGCUGUGCGGGGCAGAUGUACUGGAGUCCUUUGGUGUCCCCAACCUGUGGAAGAGUGAGGACGUCGCCCAGAUCGUGGGGCACUACGGGCUCGUGUGUAUCACCCGGCCUGGAAAUGAUGCUCAGAAGUUCAUCUAUGAGUCGGACGUGCUGUGGCGGCACCAGAACAACAUCCACCUGGUGCACAACUGGAUCACCAGCGACAUCUCAUCCACGAAGGUGCGGCAGGCCCUCCGCAGGGGCCAGAGCAUUCGCUACCUGGUACCGGACCUCGUCCAGGAAUAUAUUGAAAAGCACAGUCUGUACAGCGCCGAGAGCGAGGAGAGGAACGCCGGGGUCAUCCUGGCUCCGUUGCAGAGAAACACGGCAGAAGCUAACGCCUGAGGCGCCUUGCAGCUGGAUCUCUUGGACUCACUUCCCUUCUCUUGGAGUUACUAGCCAGAUGAUUUGAGAUCACCUGGCUAGUAACUGGGGCAAGGAAUUGUGACUGUUUCAUAAACUAAAGCGUAAUCGUUUGGUCGGAAUCAGUAUUAGGUUAAAGUCAGUAUUAGGUUAAAGUUUUUUUCUUUGUAUCAGAAGCUGCUAAGAUGAAUGUUUCCCUAUGAGUUUUCUUUUCCUUCAGAACAUACAGACCCCUUUAUCUUUAAGAGACUAGCAGCACUAAAACCAGAAGAAUAUUCAAACAAGCUCACUACAAAUCAGAAGUCCAAAAGGACAUCUUGACUUUACCACAAAGAGAAGCAAAGUAGGAAAAGCCAGAGCUCGAUAAGAGAGAACUGCCACAGUUGAAUUACAAGCCUAACCUCGCUUCUAGAGGGAGCUCAAAGCUUGCCUUCUCCGGGCGGCCUCCCCUCGCCAGCUCUUCUCUACAGGCUCUGACUACAGUGGAACUUCCAAAUAAUAAUUAAAGUCAUAGCUUGAUAGAAAAUCCAAGUUCGAAAUGUGGUUUGCUGCUGAUUAAAUUUUGCGGAAGUUUUACCAACUGGCAAAGCAGAAAGAGCAGAAAUAGUUCUUUAUAGAAUAGUUUUAAUGGUUUGUGAAAAGUAUUCUGUGAUAGAAAUGGGACUACACUAAAUUUCUAGUAAAAAUAGAGUAAUGUAUCUUUUUACAAUAUGUAUUAUAACGACACCACUCUAGUUGGGCAGUUGUGUGGUCAGGGUUGAAUGCAGUCUAGGAAGGGGAAUUCCAGACAAGGGUACACUCAACUCGUGACCGACUCUGACCUUGGCAGGGGCCACUCUGGGCAUCACCGGCCCCCAGCCUGGCCCCACCACUUUCCGGCUCUGAGCAGAUGCCAGGUUAGCACCUCAGAUCAGUCUGCCCCAGCUUAGGUUUUUGGAGUUAAAGUGUUUGGAGUUAGAGCAGUGCUGAGAAGAGCAAUCUCGGUGAAGCGAUCCAGUUUUGAUUCUUUUCUCCUGGGAGACUGCCUUGUUCAGCUGAAGAGUUGUGUGACCCAUGGAAAGAUCCCAACACUAGAAACUUCUCUCCCACUGUGGUGCUUUCCUGGCCGGCAACAUCCAGGCCCUACUCAGCUGUGUGGAUGCUGACCUCCCACGAGACCUGGUCAGGGCAAGACUGUCCUGUUGUGCUAUUUAUGGAGCUAAAACUUUGUCCACAGAACAAGCUGCUUGACUUUUUGUCCCAGUCCGGAGAAUGCUGCCUGGUAGCGGGGGUCCCGGCAUCCGGGAGGGAACUUCCUCUUUGAAUAAUGGAAAUUAGAACAAUGAAUUUCCAUUGAGGAAGGAGAAAAUACACCAUUGUUUAUUCCCCACCGGCCUUUUUCAUCAUCUGCUGUUGUAAUGUGAGUGGAGAGGGCGGGUGUGCGAGGCCGGUUUUGUCUCUUUGUGUGAUGCUGGUGUUUUCUGGAUUGUGCCCUUUGCCCCUCACACUGCCUGUGUGAUCUGAAUGCAGCACGUGAACUGGAGCAAAAGCCCUUCCCCGACAGAUUCGGUCCAUUGGACGCACAGCUACGGAGAGCCUGUCUGCCUGCUUAGGGGGCGGCAGGGCUUUCAGAAGGAUGUCCUUGUGGGUGGUCAGGGUGUAGAGAUGGAGUCAAAGGGUGAUGUCGGUCCCUCUCCUUCCAUCAGAGGAGGGUCUGCCAUCUUGACAAGGAUGGCAGCAACGGGGUAGGAGGGGGCAUUCUCUAAGGUCAGCGUGCCCAUGUGAGGCAGGCCUGCUUCCUUCCCACAUCUGUGAUUCACUUCUCUGGAAACCCAGAAGUUGCCUUAUUAUGAAACAGGCUCCCUUAACCUUCAUUCCGGUGCCUCAGGACAUCCGUCCUGCUGCCAUGCUCAUAAUUGUCCCCAGAGGCCUCCUGAUUUGAAAUCUUCAUGGCAGCAUCCAGCCCAAUGAGGACUCGGGAACAGCAUUGAUCUUUGAAAUCUAUACAUAGUUGCCAGUGGUGCUGCUUAAAUUUAUAAUGUCAACACCUGUGAGCUCUUGCUGUGAGCUGGGUGGGUGCUAAUGAGUCAGUACCUUGUGUCAUAUGGGGAGUGGCCCAGACAGGGCUGAAUGGGCAGCCUGUCUUCAGACUGUGCUCUUAACCACUCGACUUACUCUGUCAGCAUAUUACUUCUCAGAGAGUGAAGUGUCAGCCUGAUCAUAAAUGUUUCAUCCACACUAAGUGAACGAGUAUAAAUAAAACUUUCAACUCUGGAGUCUGAUGUUGGCAUCUGAUGGGUCAGGUCCAUACAUGUGGGCCAGUAGAACUUGGAACUAGGGCAGCCAAGGCUUGCCUCGUCAGAGGGAGGAGGUGAUAGGAGCCACCAUCACUCUUCGCCAGCAAAGAGGAAAGCGAAGGUACCCAGAUCCCCUUCUGUUCCUGAAAUGCCAGCCUGCUGCUAUUGCCUGGGAGACAGCCUGGGGGAAGCUCCGUCCUGGGGGCAGCCACUUGACUGAGACCCUUUCUGUAAACACACAAUGGGCUCCGGGCCCCUCCCAGCCCUGAAAUGUCUGGGCCUGAUGGAGUCUUGGCACCAAUGCUGGCUUCUCGCCACCCUGAGCUGCCACCUGCCUCUUCCCUUCUGAGGUAUUUCUGGAAACUAUCGCUAUGGGAAGUGCCAAGGGGAGCAUGCCCAUGAAGCCAGCUUCCAGUUUCCACCACCAGAUGGCCUCCUGGGGUGGGCAAACUGCUGCCUCUGAGCAUCAGCCGGGACUCCCCAGAAGCACUGCUGCAGGCUUCCUAAGUGAGAGGACGCUCAGGCCCCCAGGCCAAGAAGCCAGUGCCAAGGACGGGCCUCCAGGUGGAGCCACUUACCCUACAAGUGACUUGUUCAUCUGACAUUCAGGUGUGGGGGUUGUUUUUGUUUUUCUUUCUCUCUUUCUUCUCUUUCUUCUCUUUCUUUCUCCAGCAACUUAGAUGGGAGGGUUGGUGGAGAACAGGAACACCACAUGGGGGUCCUCUCUGAGGUGGGGCGGGCGGUGGGGACAGUGCGGAAGGCCUCACUGAGGCUCCAGAUAAGGUUCUCUCUGGUGAUGGCGGUGCCUGGCACAGCCUGGGGAGUUCCCUGCUCUAUUUUGACCAUUCUCAGGGGAGAUCACCCUCUUUCUGAUAAAAUUGCCACCUCAGUUGAAGCAGAGAAUUCAGCUCCAUGUCUGACCAAGUAUAUGUGGCUAUAGAAGGUCAAGCUGCCCGAUAAGUUUUCCCCACCGGUGAGUAACAGGCCCCCAGUUACAUUUUAAGACAUUAGGGAACUUAACAUAGACAAAAUUAGGUCAUAGUAUAAUGAGCCCAACUUCAGCUGGAACUUGCCAAUCUCGAUGCAUCUAUACCCAUCACUGUUUCUGCUCGGCUGGUGGCUUGAAGCUCACCCCACUGUGUGGUCUCACCCAUUGGUACUUCAGCACGAGCCAUGCUUGAGUCUAACUUACCUGCUGUAUCAAUUGUACUAAAGCAGGAGAGUCUGAGAAGGGAAGGACAGUUAAGGAAGUGUCUUUUAAAAAUAACUUGGCCUGGGCUGCCUUGGUGGUGCGAUGGUUAAGCGUCAGCACUAUGAAGCAAUCCACAGCCAGGGAACUGACCCACACUCACAGCGACCUCUCCUGUCUUGCCCACUGCUCCCCUCAGCAGUGUGUUUCAGGAGAUCUGCCUGUUCUGUUCCCCACUCUGUCUCUGGCGAAUCCUCUCACCCCCACACACCUCUGGCCUACACCCCAGCUCUUGU